GUAUUAUUUAAUAAAACCUAGCUGAAACGGUUACAUCGGCUGUAAAUCCCCCUCAAACACGGUAGCCAUGUUCUACAUCCGCAGCUAAAAAUACAGAAAAAUAGAACAGGAAUUGCGUUGUAUUAAUCCGCCAAAAAAAAUGUAACUUUUGAUAUGAAGGCCUGUAAUUACUUAAACGUGAUGAAUGUCAUUUAGCUACGAAGCAACAGCCAUUCUGCAGCAAUGUGUCCUCUCCUACAGCAGGCUGCCAUUUCUACCUCCCCCUCUACGGUGAGACAAACACAACAUGUGUUCAUCCGCAGAGGGCUUGCGCUUUUUCUUUUGAGGGGGAGGGGGUUUAAAACAAACAUAUCUCCACGACUGACCGACGGCCAUUAAAAUUCACUCCGAGGGAUAGUUAGCCCAAGAAUAGCUCGGCGGUUUUUUAUUCGCUCGUGGGGGACGGUGUUAUGCGGGGCAAAACCGUACAUCGCGCACUAAUUGUCGCUUCGCGGAGAAAUACUCGACGCAGCCGGGACUUUAUGUGAGCCGAGCUGAAUGGAGGCAGCCUCUCUUCCUGGUGGAUAAACAGUGACAGCUACAGGGCAGCCACCUAGACCCACCACACAGGCUGUGGCGCUGCCCUGGCAAACAACACCAAAAUGGCUUCAGACAGUACACACAUCGCGCAGUUGACUUCUGAACUGUACUUCCUAAUAGCCCGAUUUCUAGAAGCUGGACCGUGUCAAAAAGCAGCCGAGACCCUGAUAAGGGAGGUGGAGGAGAAGGAGCUGCUACCCAUAAGGCUGGACUGGACAGGGCAGGAACACCCCGGGACGUACGAAAAUUUGGUGAAGCUAUACCGGCACAUCAGUCCAGACCACCUGCUGCAGGUCUGCUCCAGAGUUUGUCCCCUGCUGGAGAGCGAGGUCCCUGCCAGUGUGCCGGGACUCAGCAGCCUGUUGGGGGCCGGCAGGCAGAAUCUUCUCCGCUCCAGCAAGAGUGAGCACAUGUGA